AUGAUCAGCAAGAUUCCGGCCUCAGCGCGAGCGCCCAUCAUUCGCAUCGCCAACGGCACAUUCUACCGGCACCACCCAAACUCUCACCCAGCACAUGCCAAUCCGGCCCUGUUCAAGAACCUCCAGUUUGAGCUGCCCUCGUCAACGCCCCAGCCGCACAAUUGGUGCAUCGUGGGGCCUUCAUUGUCCGGAAAGACGACAUUCUUACAGGUACUAAGAGGACGAUUGAUAUGUGAGCCUCCUACGGCGAGAUCGUAUCCGUAUCUGUCGUCGGAUGCUGUGCCGGCGAGGCUGAGGACGCCCAGCAAAGCUAUUCAGUAUGUCGGAUUUGACGCUGAGCAGGGGGCGGGAGGAUUGGGCGGCGCUGUCACGACGUCGGCGUAUCUGUCUGCGCGGUACGAGUCUCGCAGGGAGAUUACCGAUUUCUCGCUGAGAGACUUUUUGUUGGGUAACACGGAGCUGAACCCUGCCAAGACACCAGGUCAGGAGGGCGAAGAAGAAGGCGGGAUAUCUACUGAGCUUUUGCAGCGCGUUGUCAAGGAUCUCAGGUUGGAGCAUCUGCUUGAUCUGCCCGUGACAUUCCUCAGCAACGGCCAAGGCAGGAGGGCAAGGAUAGCCCGUGCCCUACUGACCAGGCCCGAGGUCCUGCUUCUGGAUGAGCCUUUCAUGGGCCUCGAUCCUCCUACGGUUUCUGGACUGAGUCCCCUGUUGGAAUCUCUUGCCGAAAAGGCAAACCCGCGGCUGGUGCUGAGCGCGAGGCCUCAGGACCCUCUGCCGGAAUGGAUUACGCAUUUGGUGUACCUGAGGAUGGACUGCCAGAUCGAGUCAAUGGGGCCCAAGGAGGUGGUGCUGGAUGGCUUGAAAAAGUAUGUCCACGGUGUAAGAGUGGGCGGCUUAACAGAGGAUGACAAGCUACCUGUUCACACCUUGGCUGAUAUUGGCCGAGUUCUGUCCAAGAACGCUUUGACAGCCAACUCGGCGUCAUCUCAAUCGUCAUCAUCUCACCUACAGAAGCCAAUCAAUCCCAAUGCCGAGCCCCUGGUUGAGAUGGAUGGAUGCCAGGUCCGAUACGGUGACAAGAUUGCUCUAGGAAACUGGUCACAGAAGACAUCUCAGGGUGACAAGGCUGGCCUGAUCUGGACCGUCCGACGGGGUGAGCGUUGGGGCGUGUUUGGCCCCAAUGGCUCGGGCAAGACGACCAUCGUUUCUCUGCUUGGCUCAGACCACCCGCAGACAUACUCCUUGCCCAUCAAGCUCUUUGGACGCAGCCGUCUUCCCGAACCAGGCUCGGGACAGCUGCCGCUCACGUUCUGGGACAUCCAGUCUCGCAUCGGCCACUCCAGCCCCGAAGUCCACCAGCACAUGCCGAGGAGCCACACCAUCAGGCAGGUGAUUGAGAAUGCCUGGGCAGAGACGUUUGGCGCGAAGCCAAAGCUGAAUGCCGAAGCGAGUGCGAAGGUCGAGGCGGCGCUCAGGUGGUUUGAGCCUGAGCUGAAGCCCAACAGCGCCGCUGGCAGCGAGGGCCUGAAAUGGGCUGAUGACUACAUGUUUGGCGAGAUUUCAUUUAGUGCUCAGCGCGUGGCGCUGUUCAUUCGAUCCAUGAUCAAGAGCCCUGAUAUCGUCGUCUUGGAUGAGUCGUUUAGCGGCAUGGACGAUGCUGUCCGCGAUAAAUGCACGCUGUUCCUUACGGAGGGAGAAGCAAAGACGUAUGUGGGCGAGGAGAUUGUCGAGAGCCAGCAGUCCAAGGAUGGGACUGUCAAGGUGAAGGGGCUGUCUGACCAGCAGGCGCUCAUCUGCAUUGCGCACAUCAAGGAAGAGGUGCCUGACUGCGUUAGGGAAUGGAUUUGCUUGCCGGAGGCCAAUACGGGACUGCCUGCGCGGUUUGGGAGGUUGGAUGGUGCGCUGAGAGAAGACGAGGGGAGAUGGAACGAGAUUUGGGGGUUUUAG